AUGUCGAAUUCGACUCUGGAGAAACUAGUCGAUGUUCAUAUAUCAAGCUGUAAGAACUUUUUGCAUCUUCCACAGCUGGGAGAGUUACCACAUCUUAAAUACUUGUGGGUAAUAGCUGUGGAGGAGGUGGAGUACAUUAUGGAGGAUCCAUUAAUAAGCGAGCUACGCAUUGAAGAUUGCUCUUCGUUAAAAGUAGUGUCGUCAUCUCUCAAAAACCUGAAGAAAUUGAAAUGCACUAGCUCAAAUCUGGCUUUAUUGUCGAACCUGGAAAAUCUUACCAAGCUCGACGUGUACUUUGAGAGUACUAGUGUCGAGACGAAAUGCGCUGUUACAACCGAGACACUGCGAAGCCUGACCAAUCUCAAGAUACUGAAUAUUUGCAAUGCGGACGAGCUCUCUCUGCCAGAACAAGGGCUAAGAGCACUGAAAUCUCUUGCAAAUUUGUAUAUAGUUAAUUGCAAUUCACUGCCUCGAGUUUGGUUCGUUCAUUUCACUGCUCUGGAGAAACUCGGAAUAUAUGGAUGCCCGGAAGUUGUAGAGCUGCCACAGGAGAUUAAAAACCUGAAUAACAGCCUUAAAACUGUCAUCUUAAGCGAUCUUCCGAAUAUGUUUGGUUUUGAUUUUUGGCAGGAAAAGGCAAUACAAGAGCAAAACUGCAUGCUGACAAAGCAGAUCAAAGAUAAGGAGCAGGAAGUGACGGCACAGCCACCGCCGCCACAGUGGCCGGAUCACCAUAACCGCGGCGGCCCUAGUGCACCACCAGUAAUGCCGCCUCCGUUUCAAUUCUUGAUGACACCUCAGUUUCCUUGCUUAAACAUCGGGGGUGAUGAGUAUGAAGGAGAAGCAAUGGAGGGUAGAAGGAAUGAUCAGCUUGAUCUCACCCUUGAUUCUUUCUAUUCAUGCAAUCUUGGAUGCUUUGCUACUUCUUAAUUAACAUUAAAUUGUGGUUUAAUUAAUCCCUAAAACUGUUUAAUUAGGAGCUAUAUAUAUAUAUAUAUAUAUUUAUGUAUGUCU